ACUAACCAGCUUUCAAAAGAUUCAAGUAUGAUCAAUAAAAAGUACACUUCCAACCUUUAUACGUACUCUCUUUUUAUCCUUAUCUUCGUUUUGUCAUCAUGGUUUUCCCCUGCCAUGGCACAAAACCAAACCAUCCCGGUGAAUGUAGGAGUUAUUCUUCAUGACCUUAAUUCACAGGUGGGGAAGAUUUUGUUGAGCUGCAUUAAUAUGGCCCUUUCAGACUUCUAUGCUUCUCAUACUUACUAUAACACUAGAUUGGUUUUGAACACUAGAGAGUCCAAACGAAAUGUUGUCAGUGCAGCUUCUGCAGCUCUAGAUCUGAUAGAGAAUGCACAUGUGCAAGCAAUCUUAGGACCAGUGACAUCAAUGGAAGAGAGCUUUGUUAUAAGUCUUGGGGAGCAAGCUGAGGUGCCCAUUGUAUCAUUCUCUGCAACAAGCCCUUCUCUUACUUCACUGCGAAGCUCCUACUUUUUUCAGUUUGCACAAAAUGACUCGGCCCAAGUAAAAGCAUUAAGUGCAGUUGUAAAAGGUUUUGGAUGGAGGCAAGUGGUGCUCAUAUACGUAGACAAUGAGUUUGGGGAAGGAGUCGUACCAUGUUUAACUGAUGCCUUGGAGGAGGUUGAUGCCCGUGUACCAUACCGGAGCAUCGUUUCCCCAUCAGCCACAGAUAGCCAAAUAGUUGAAGAGCUUUACAAGCUAAUGACGAUGCAAACAAGGGUCUUCAUCGUCCACAUGACAGCUGAUUUGUCAUCCAGGCUAUUUGCCAAGGCAAAAGAGAUUGGAAUGAUGAGUGAAGGCUAUGUUUGGCUCACAACUAACAGCAUACCUAAUAGUUUGAAGUUUCUGAAUUCUUCAGCUAUAAAUUCCAUGCAAGGUGUAUUAGGUGUGCAAACUUACAUUCCAGCGACUGUAGAGUUUGAAGAAUUCAAGCUUCGGUGGAAACAACAAUUCCGCAAAGACAAUCCAACCAUCAUUGGUGCUGAGUUGAAUAUUUUUGCAUUGUGGGCUUACGAUGCUGCGUUUGCAUUGGCCAUGGCAAUUGAAGAAGUUAGGACUACAAGCUUUGGUUUCCAAAGGAACAAUGCUUCCAUCAACUCAUCAACAGAUCUUGAAAGUUUUGAGGUCUCUCAAUAUGGUCCAAAACUUUGCCAAGCACUGUCACUUACUAGAUUUGAAGGCAUAGCUGGAAAUUUCAGCCUUGUUGAUGGGCAGCGUCAAACAUCAACUUUUCAGAUAGUCAAUAUAAAUGGUCGUGGAGCUAGAACAGUUGGAUUUUGGACCUUGAAAAAUGGAAUCAUGAGAAAAUUGGGUUCACCAUCAUCAGUAAACUCGAGCAUAAGUUCAACUUCUAAAGGCGAUCUUGGACCAAUUAUAUGGCCCGGAGAUUCAAUCUCUGUUCCCAAAGGAUGGGUAAACCCAGCAAACGGCAAGAAGUUGAGAAUAGGAGUUCCCGUAAAGGAAGGUUUCACUGAGUUCGUUUCUGUGACAAAAGAUCCAAGCACUAACACAACAUAUGUCACAGGGUUCAGUAUUGACGUCUUUAAGGCUGCAGUGGACAUAUUACCUUAUGCUCUUUCUUACGAGUUGAUUCCCUUUGCAAAUCCUGAUGGCAAAAUGGCUGGCACUUACAAUGAUUUGUGCUAUCAAGUAUAUCUUGGGAAGUUUGAUGCUGUGGUGGGAGAUGAAACAAUUAGAGGAAAUAGAUCAUUGUAUGUAGAUUUUACCAUGCCAUACACAGAAUCUGGUGUUGUGAUGGUUGUGCCACUCAAAGACAUCAGGAGAAAAAGUGCGUGGGUUUUCUUAAAGCCUUUGACAUGGGAUCUUUGGCUGACAACCUCUUGUUUCUUUGUCCUUAUUGGUUUCGUGGUUUGGGUUCUUGAACACCGAAUCAAUGCAGAUUUUCGUGGCCCUCCCUCAUAUCAAGUUGGCACGAGCAUCUGGUUUUCUUUCUCGACCAUGGUUUUUUCACACAGGGAGAGAGUAGUUAGCAACUUGGCUAGAUUUGUGAUGAUUAUAUGGGUAUUUGUUAUGCUCAUAUUGACACAAAGUUACACGGCUAAUCUUGCGUCACUAUUAACAGUCCAAAAACUUUACCCUGUUGUUACUGAUCUAAAGCAUUACUUAAGGAAUGGGGAUACCGUUGGCUACCAAAACAAUACAUAUAUUUAUGAUAUCUUAAGAGAAAUAGGCUUUGAUGAGUCCAAGCUUAAGGCAUAUAAAUCUGUUGAAGAAUGUGAUGCUCUUCUUUCGAAAGGCAGUGAAAAUGGUGGUAUUGCAGCUGCUAUUGAUGAAACCCCCAACAUGAAGCUUUUUCUUGCAAAAUAUUGUUCCAAAUAUACUAUGGUUGGACCAAUUUUUAAAACUGAUGGCUUUGCCUUUGUCUUUCCAAAAGGUUCUCCUCUUCUUCAUGAUGUUUCGCAAGCAAUCCUAAACGUGACCGAAGGGGAUGUUAUACUGAACAUUGAAAACAAAUGGUUCAAUAAAGAAGGCAGUUGUCAAGAUAACUCCAACCCAGGGGUUUCUAGUAACAGGCUUGGCCUUGAAACCUUUUGGGGCCUAUUCCUCAUUGCCGGGGUGGCUUCAGUACUCGCCCUCAUCAUAUUUCUAGCUUCCUUCCUUUACGAGCAUAGGCACGUUUUGAUUCUCACUGAUCCAGGAGCCUCUACACGAGGAAAAUUUCGAACUAUGUUAGAAAUUUUUAAUGAAAAAGAUUUUAGUUCUCAUACAUUUAAAACCACUCAACGAGAUAGAGUCGCUAAUGUGGGAGAUGCAGUUAAUGCCAUACUAAACAACUGCUUGGAAAUUCCAUUGGGAGACAGUUCUGACAGCGCAGAUCCAAGUUCACAGUUCAUUGGAGAGCAACAAAAUAGUACUACGACACCAUCUACUGGUCAAGAGCCUGCAGAGGUGAAUCCAGCUACUGAGGUUGAUAUAACAAAUGAUGGCGAAAUGGAAGGCACUCCUGAACGAGCUCAACAUUUCUCCGAUUGUUAACAUAAAUUUUCCAACCUGUUGUGACAUAAUAAUAUUCAACUAUGGUUUUUGUUUUAUGUCUAUAUAAACCAAUGUUUUAAAACGCUGAGGCGUAGGCCGAGGCGUUUUUCUGUGAGCCUCAAGAAAGUGUUUGCCUUGAGGCGUAA